GGUUUUGCCGCGAAAACUCAGUGCUCGUCGCAGGUCGGUUCCUGGGGGCGAGCGGAGGAGCAGCCUCCACCAUGUCCGGCUUCGACGACCCUGGCAUCUACUACAGCGACAGCUUUGGGGGCGACCCGGCGACGGACGAGGGGCAGGUCCGCAAGUCCCAGCUGCAGAAGCGCUUCAAGGAGUUCCUGCGGCAGUACCGCGUGGGCACGGACCGCACCGGCUUCACCUUCAAGUACAGGGAUGAGCUCAAACGGCAUUACAACCUGGCUCAGUACUGGAUUGAGGUGGAGAUGGAGGACCUGGCCAGCUUUGAUGAGGACCUGGCAGACUACCUGUAUAAGCAACCUGCAGAGCACCUACAGCUGCUGGAAGAAGCAGCAAAAGAAGUGGCCGAUGAGGUCACCCGUCCUCGUCCAUCAGGGGAGGAGACCCUCCAAGACAUCCAGGUCAUGCUGAAGUCAGAUGCCCAUGCUGCCAAUAUCCGUAGCCUGAAGUCUGACCAGAUGUCCCGUCUGGUGAAGAUUCCUGGGAUCAUAAUAGCAUCAACUCCCGUGAGAGCCAAGGCCACCAAGAUUUCCAUCCAGUGCCGCAGUUGCCAUAACACCAUCAACAACAUCACUGUGCGGCCUGGGCUAGAAGGCUAUGCCCUGCCCAGAAAGUGCAAUACGGAACAAGCAGGGCGCCCGAGGUGUCCCCUGGAUCCAUACUUCAUCAUGCCAGAUAAAUGCAAGUGUGUGGACUUCCAGGUCCUGAAGCUCCAGGAAUCUCCUGAUGCUGUGCCUCAUGGGGAGAUGCCCAGGCACAUGCAGCUCUAUUGUGACAGGUAUCUGUGUGACAGAGUUGUCCCUGGGAACAAAAUUACCAUCAUGGGCAUUUACUCUAUCAAGAAAUCUGGCCAGACCAAGAACAAAGGCAGAGACAACGUGGGUGUGGGGAUCCGAAAUGCUUAUAUCCGUGUGGUAGGGAUCCAGAUUGACACUGAUGGCUCAGGCCAUACUUUUGCUGGCUCUGUGACUCCCCAAGAAGAGGAGGAACUUCGCCGACUUGCCUCCAUGCCCAACAUCUAUGAGACUGUUGCCAAGAGCAUUGCACCCUCUAUUUAUGGCAGCACUGACAUCAAGAAAGCAAUUGCCUGCUUGCUGUUUGGAGGCUCCCGCAAGAGGCUCCCAGAUGGAUUAACCCGCCGAGGGGACAUUAACUUGCUGAUGUUGGGAGACCCUGGCACAGCCAAGUCCCAGCUGUUGAAGUUUGUAGAGAGGUGUUCACCCAUUGGGGUAUACACCUCUGGGAAAGGCAGCAGUGCAGCUGGCUUGACAGCCUCAGUGAUCCGAGACCCCUCUUCCCGGAGCUUCUUUAUGGAGGGAGGAGCCAUGGUCCUGGCAGAUGGGGGAGUGGUGUGCAUCGAUGAGUUUGACAAGAUGCGGGAGGAUGACAGAGUGGCCAUCCAUGAGGCUAUGGAGCAACAGACCAUCUCCAUUGCCAAGGCUGGUAUUACUACCACUUUGAAUUCUCGCUGCUCGGUACUCGCAGCUGCCAACUCGGUCUUUGGACGCUGGGAUGAGACUAAAGGGGAGGAAAACAUCGACUUUAUGCCCACCAUCCUGUCCCGGUUUGACAUGAUCUUCAUUGUCAAGGAUGAGCACAAUGAGGAGAGAGACAUGAUACUGGCCAAGCACGUGAUGUCACUACACGUGAGUGCCCUGACGCAGACCCAGGCUGUGGAGGGUGAAAUCGACCUGAACAAGCUGAAGAAGUUCAUCUCCUACUGUCGCACGAAAUGCGGCCCUCGCCUGUCAGCAGAGGCUGCUGAGAAACUGAAAAACCGCUAUGUCCUGAUGCGUGCUGGUGCCCGGCAGUAUGAGCGAGAGAGUGAACGCCGAUCCAGUAUCCCCAUUACAGUCCGGCAGCUGGAGGCCAUUGUGCGGAUUGCAGAGUCCCUCGGCAAGAUGAAGCUGCAGCCGUUUGCCACCGAGGCAGACAUUGAAGAAGCCUUGCGGCUCUUCCAAGUGUCCACUCUUGAUGCGGCCAUGUCAGGCAGCCUGUCAGGAGCGGAGGGCUUCACAACCCAGGAAGACCAAGAGUUGCUGUCCCGAAUUGAAAGACAGCUCAAGCGCCGCUUCGCCAUUGGCUCUCAGGUGUCAGAACACAGUAUAGUCCAGGAUUUUGUGAAACAGAAAUACCCUGAGCAUGCCAUCUACAAAGUGCUGCAGCUCAUGAUGCGCCGUGGCGAGAUCCAGCACCGCCUGCAACGCAAAGUCCUCUAUCGCAUCAAGUAACCUCACUUCCCUACCUUCUUGCUCCUGGCUGAAACCAUCCUAAGGGAACCCAUGCUGGUGGCUGCUGCUAUCGCUGAGGAUGCUUCUAUCAGAGUUCCAGAGUUCUAGAAGAAACUGAUGACCCUGCUAUGUAUUAACCUCCUACUCAUGGAGUGAACUUCCAGUGUGGGGGUUAAACAGGAGGGAUCCUCCCUUUUCUUUUUUUUAACUAGAGUUCAUGGCAGGAAAAGGCCAUACUUUGCAUUUCAGAUGCUCUAGUAAAUAUCUUCUUGAUGUUUCCUAGGCUAUCAGAAGGUUUUUGGUUUGUAUAAAAUAAAAUAUAUGGUGGUACUGCUGGA